AUGGAUAUUAAAACGGUUGGUGAACGAGUUAAACUGUUAGUUGCUGUCAAGUCAUUACGACAAGAGUGUUAUGCUUCAGCAGCAACAGCAGCGAGAGCAGCACGAGUAAACAAUGCAAACCAUACCGAUCAGCAACGAUCCGAUUACCUUUUACACAAUCAGUCUAGUACAUCAGUUGCGAGUUCACACACGUUAGGGGGUUCUUCUUGGGGGUUUCAUUUGGACGGUGGCGGCGGCGGCGGAAGCCACGGAAAACACGAAGGAUUCAAUGUUACAACGCCACAUCCAGAAAAGACUUCCAAAUCGGCCGAAUCUAAAAGCUUGCUUAAUCGAUCCAAUUCGUUCUCUCGUUUCUUGGGUCGAUCCGACUCUAAGAAAUCAUUGCGAUCUGCAGCAAAUGGCCAGGAACCACCGCCCGUACCUCCGAGUCCAAAGGCUGUACAAAAGCGACAGUCGUUGGAAAAGGGGAUCAUGUCGAUGGAACGCGUCAAGCAGACGUGCGUCAAAGUUUUUGGCGAAGAAGGGCAGACGCGCAUCGUGAACGUGCAUAAUGCUACAGAUGCAAAAGCAAUCAUGGCCAAGGUUCUGCAUAAAUUCGGAAUAGACGAAAACAACGCUGAUAAAUACUGUAUAUUUGUCGGAUCAAGCACCAACGGUGAAGCCCGAGCUCUAUCCGACGCUGAAAUGAUCGAGAUUUGCAGAUCAGCAGAUCGCCCUGAAAAAGAACGGCUAAUUCUGCGAAAACGACACCAAUAUCCCACCCACGAAGAGUUCAAACGAAAAGGAACAACGACAUACAAACAACAUCCCAAUGCUUAUACCAUUAACUCGCCCAUCACAGCAUCAUCCACAAUUGCCCCGUCCACGUUCUCAACAGCAACACCCUCAUCAUCAUCAUCUGCGAAUGGCUUCCCCGAUAAACAAAUGACGUUGGAUAUAAUUACAGGUGGAGGAUCACCCAUUCAUAAUACCAACUGUAGUAGUAGCAGUAUUCGUAGCAAUGGCAAUCACUUGUCAGUCAUGGAAGAUCCACGUUUAUCGCUUCGUCCACAAGCCAGAGUUCGUCGAUUCUUUGGCGAACGGCCGCCGUCUGAAGUCAUUUCGUCGAACUUGCCAUCGUUCUUCCCCAACCAUAAACGAGAAGUGUUGGAAACUGCCGGUAUCAAUGCAAAACGACUCUCAAUGACACGAAGUUCGUCUGCUGGACGACAUCAUGAAGGCACGGCAGGGUUCAGAAACAGUGUGCUUCCAGAACUUGUCUCUGUGCUUGGUGUUGAUCUCGGUAAAUUUUUGGAAGAGGAGGACGAGGAUGGUGACGAUGGAAGUGAUGACGGACAUCGUGAUGAUGAUGAUGACGACGACGACGAACACGACAACAGUAAGGACAUUGAUAGUGAUGAUAAAGCUAAAGAAGAAAGCUACGAGAAAGCUUCUUCCACGGUGACAGCAGCUGAAAGUGAUGAUGAUUAUGCGGAUGCCCCAACAAUGCCCGUCGUAGGUGGCAAUGAAAGUGUGGUUUCUUAUGAUAGCAGUUUAUCUGACACCAACAACAACAAUAACACGGAAGCUUCGAGCCAGCAGCAACAACAACUAACCUCGGUACCAGCAACAACUUCAACAAAUAAUACCAACACCUAUCAAAUCCAAAAUCGGUCAUCUAGUUUAUUACAUCUAUCUGGCAAACAGGAUCUACAACCACCACCUGCACAAGCUGCACCACUUGCUGCACCACCCACAACACCUCCUGAAAAUGAAACCACAAAGCAACCCAAUUUCACCAUUCAGGCCGAGCCACCAACACCUACCAAAGUACAACCGACUAUAUCGAAUGAGUCUCCUGUUGCUUGGAUGAAGGGGUCACUUAUCGGUCGAGGAACAUUUGGCGAUGUUUAUUUGGGACUGAAUCCGCUAAGUGGUGAACUGAUGGCGGUGAAGCAAGUCGAAUUGCCGGUAGAGAAUUCUGCCACUGAAGAACGGAAAAAGUCAAUGGUGGUAGCACUGCAACGUGAGAUUGAAUUAUUAAAAGAUCUACAACACGAGAAUAUCGUGCAAUAUCUCGGGUCGCAAACGGAUCCUGCCCAUUUCAGUAUUUUCCUUGAAUAUGUACCAGGUGGAUCGGUAGCUGGACUAUUGGCUAGUUAUGGUGCAUUCCAGGAACCACUUGUCAAGAGUUUCGUUCGACAGAUACUAAAGGGAUUGAAUUAUCUUCAUGGCAAAGAUAUUGUACACAGAGAUAUUAAAGGCGCCAAUGUGCUAGUGGAUAAUAAGGGAGGUGUAAAAAUAAGUGAUUUUGGUAUUUCGAAAAAAGUGGAAGAAGAUAUAAUGCAAGUGUCGUCAGCUCCUCACAGACCGAGUCUGCAAGGGAUGGCACCCGAAGUUGUUAAACAAACACAUUAUACCCGUAAAGCUGAUAUCUGGUCACUAGGCUGUAUGGUGGUGGAGAUGUUCACUGGUGACCAUCCAUUCCCUGAAUUCUCGCAAAUGCAAGCUAUUUUCAAGAUCGGCAGCUACACAGCUCCCAGCAUUCCAGAUAAUAUUAGCGAGGAUGCGCGCGAUUUCUUAAGAUGCACCUUUAAACUGUAA